CAAUAAGAGGUUGUCUUUUAUAAAGCCAGGCAUUGUUGUAGAGCAUCAUUUUGAAGAACAUUUCUGUGAACAUCAGAAGCACUGUAAGGUUCAAUCGCCAUUGUAAAGAUGCCUGAGUGACAGAAGAAGUCAAAGAUCUCUGCAUCCAGGAAGUUGAUGCUAAAGAGUCUUAUGGUAGCUCGAGCAAAGGAGGAGUUAGAGCAGGAACUUGCAGAUAAAGAGGCAGAGAAGGAGAGAUAUCUGGCUGAUAAAGCUCCACCACUACAGACCAGUGGAAUGUCUUUCGCUGAGCUUCAGGAGCUAUGUCAAGAGCUUCACGCUAAAAUCGAUGUUGUGGACGAGGAGCGCUACAACAUUGAAGCAAAAGUGCUCCUCAACACAAGAGAAAUCAAAGAUUUGAACAUCAAAGUUCUGGAUCUGAGGGGCAAAUUUAAGCGGCCCACCCUGAGAAGAGUAAGAGUCUCAGCUGACGCCAUCCUACGCUCUCUACUGGGAUCUAAACACAAGGUGUCUAUGGACCUGAGAGCAAACCUCAAAUCUGUGAAGAAGGAGGACACAGAGAAGGAAAAGACAGUGGAGGUCAGUGACUGGAGGAAAAAUGUGGAGGCCAUGUCUGGAAUGGAGGGAAGGAAGAAAAUGUUUGAUGCAGCACAAUAAACAAGAAAUCAGGAUGAGCAGAAGUUCAGAGGAGGUGACAAUGCUGGAAAAUACCAUGUUUUGUUAUUAUGCUUCAAAGCUUCCAAGCCUCAUAAAUACAAUAAAAGAAUGCAAUAAAACACAAUAAAACACAAGUUACUAGUUUAUUAGUGUAGUUGAACACAGCCUGUAUUAGAAACCAACACAAACCAAAGGCCAGAACGUCCACUUGUUACUAUUUCAGAACAUUAAACCUUCUGCAGUUUA